AUGACCGUCGACCACGAAACUCUUCAGAAAUCACUCGAAUCAGCUGGCCUAGCUCGCAUUUCGGAGGCCAAAGGAGAACAGCCGCCAACUCUACCUAUAGUGCCUGACGAUGCGAAGAAUAUUCCACCAGACACUCCUAUUCUCUUUCGUGAGGGAAGCGAUUACUAUCGCACCCCGCGUGCCGAGCAUCCUCGGUCUACCAAUCGCUUCCUCCUCCGGAGCUACGAUUUGAUGGUUAAUUAUUCGUCAUACAACUUUGUUGACUUGAUAUCGCCUCGUCCUCUUCUUAUGAUUGUUGGGACCGACGCAGACGCCCGCUACUACAGUGAGGAAGCUAUUGCGCGUGCGAAGGAGCCGAAAGAACUGUUCCUUGUGCCCAGCCAGACACAUGUUGGCUUGUAUGAUGACCUUAGCGUAUCAUUUCCCAAGCUGCUGGAUUUCAUGGCGGCAUCUCUCGCUCCGGAAAUUUGA